UCGCGAGAUUACGUUACAUACGCCGGCUUUUGUCGCGAACGUUCAGCAAAUAAUGUGGCAUUUGGUGGAUGCAAAAUGUCAUUUUCAGAUCUUCCAUCGCCUUCCCACUACCAUCAUGAUUGCCAUCGGUGACUCGCUCCCUGCCGUGACGCUCGGCGAAUACAACGCCGUCGAAGGCACGUGCGCCAUCGGCCCCAACCAAAUCAAGGUCCAGGAAGCUGCGGCCGGCAAGACGAUCGUCAUCUUCGCCGUGCCCGGUGCGUUCACCCCGACGUGCUCGGCGCAGCACGCCCCCGGCUUUGUCGCGCUCGCCGACGAGUUCAAGGCCGCCGGCGUCGACGAGAUCUGGUGCCUCAGCGUCAACGACGCCUUUGUCAUGGGUGCGUGGGGCAAGGACCUCGGCACGGCCGGCAAGAUCCGCAUGAUCGCCGACGGCGACGCUGUCUUCACCAAGGCCACGGGCCUCGAGCUCAACAUGACGGGCCGCGGCCUCGGCCUCCGCGCCGCGCGCUACUCGAUGCUCGUCAAGGACGGCGUCAUCAAGGAACUCAACCUCGAAGUCGGCGGCGCGUUCAAGGUCAGCAACGCCGAGACCAUCUUGGCGCAGGUCCGCGGCGAGUGAGCCAUUUUGUAUCAAUCGUCAUUCAUUUUUCUCUUGUAUAA